GUUUUGGAAUAUAACCUUGGAUUUAUCAUGAGAUUUAGUUUUUCGCAAGUUAAACUUUUGAUUACAAAACGAAUGUUAGCUAUAUUGUUUUGUUUUGUAUUAAUUUACUUUAUUACCAUUAAUCAUAGCUAUCUUUACCGUGAUACCCACUUUAAAAAAGUAGCGCCCAUUCCCGAUACAAAAAAGACAAAAACAACAUUUAAAUUCACACCGACAUCUGACGGCAAAGCAUUUUUGACAUCAGCUAUAUAUACUAAUUUAUCAAACUCUGUAGGGCAUAAACAUGCCAUUAUUGUAAACGGCUGGGAAUAUCAUGUAAAAAGCCAUAAUUUCACGUGUUGUUUUCGUUUGAAAAAUGGACAACCGCUAUCUAUUAAUUCAAAUCAGAAAUUGUCCAGUAUAUAUCCACAUAUGCCACUUCGCAGAAUUCAAUAUAGAUGUCCAGUUCCAGUAGAGGCCAACUUGAUUGAAUACGUAUCAAUUAUAAAUGAUAUGAAAUCUAUAUGUCAAGAGUACUUAUCAUAUUAUGUAAAAGUAACAUUACCACUGGGUUCAAAUAACUCUACCAUAGCUAUUUGCUCCCUAAUAUCGUAUAGGUCCCAAGAUGCUGCAAUAUUAGUAGAGUGGUUUGAAGCACAACGUUUACUAGGUGUGGAUAAAAUUUUAACGUACACACAGGAGCUUAACAUUGAUGCAGUGCGAGUGCUGGACUAUUAUGAAUCCGUAGGACUUGCUGAAGUGAUACGAGAGUUUAAUAUGCCAGAAAAAGACAAAUAUCCUAGACGUAUUGGGGACCAGAAUGAAAGGCAAUGGACUGACAAAGAAGUUGUGUCCCUUGAUUGUAAUUCAAGACUUCUUGGAUUUAAGUAUGUUAUUAUGUGCGACAAGGAUGAAUUUGUGGUGCCAAAUAUUACGAAGUUUGGGUUUUCAUUGAGAAAAUCCCUGGAACACAUUUUUGAAAAAUCGACGGCGGGCGUUCAGCUAAACCCCAAAUUGCAUGUCACAACAUGGAUACCCUACAACCAAUCAAGUUCUAUGUUUAUCAGCAGAUAUCUUAAUAGCACCACACCAGUUACCGAUAGACAUAAAUACGUAUACAUGCCUGAACGUACGAUUGUCGGAUCAACAACUAUUCACGGAUUUACGGCAUGCAAGGGAUAUAAAAGACGUAUAGCACCAUCUAAUGUUUUAGAUUUUCAUCAUUACCGGUCUUGUGAAAACAGUUUAGUCAAAUACCAGUCGGCUCUAAACAGAGGAAAAAAUAAAACAGUUGGAAGUAUAUGUGCAGAUUUCAGACAAUAUACGCAAGAUGACAUGAACGUUAUUCGUAAACAAAUUGAAAAGAAUGUCCUCAAAGUGAGAGAGCAAUUAGGUAUAACAUAUAAAACAAUAUAA